AUGGUCGAUGAGAAGCAACUCGAAGUAGAGGCUAACAGCCUUCGCCGCGUCGCCUUCUUCGGUGUGUCCGUUGCCACCAUGGCCACACUCGUCUGCGUGAUCUCUGUCCCACUGCUCUACAACUACAUGCAGCACAUGCAAUCAGUCAUGCAGUCCGAAGUUGACUUCUGUAAAUCUCGCUCUGGAUCCAUCUGGAGAGAAGUUACCCGUACUCAGGUCCUUGCUAAGGUCACCGGAGGAUCAGCCCGUAGCCGUCGUCAAGCUGGAUACAGCAGCCUCGGAGUCGAAGGAGGAUUCGAACACCAAGGAGGAUGCUGCGGAUGCGGAGUUUCUGCUCAAGGACCACCAGGAGAACCAGGACAAGACGGAGCUGAUGGAGAUGAUGGAUCCCAAGGACUCCCAGGACGUGAUGGCCCAGACGGCCCAGCCGCCACCCCAGCCCCACACCACGACUUCUGCUUCGAUUGCCCAGCUGGACCAGUCGGACCCGCCGGAAACCCAGGACCAAAGGGACCAUCAGGAAACAACGGAGCCUCCGGAGCCCCAGGAGCCCCAGGAAACCCAGGAUCUCAAGGAGCCCCAGGAGCCCCAGGAUCUGCCGGAAACGACGGACAACCAGGAAACGCCGGAGCCUCAGGAGCCCCAGGACAAGUCCGCGAAGUCCCAGGCCCACAAGGACCACCAGGACCAUCAGGAGCCCCAGGAGCCCCAGGACCAGACGGACAAUCCGGAAACCCAGGAGCCCCAGGACAAGACGGACCACAAGGACCACAAGGAGACAACGGAUCCAACGGAAGCGACGGACAACCAGGAGCUCCAGGAUCCAACGGCCCAGACGGAGAAUCUGGAGCCCCAGGAGGAUGCGACCACUGUCCACCACCACGUACCGCCCCAGGAUAUUAA